AUGUCACACCAAGACAAAGUCGUCUUCCUCGCAUAUGAUACUCAGAAGAAGUCAUUUGAUGUCAUAGAAGAACCCGAGGCUUCCUCAUCGCAAACCCCACUCGCCACUCCCGCCGCCGGCGCCACCGCGACCGAGAGUCCAAGUGCCGCCUCUACGACCUUCAGUGUCGAGCUUUCUCAGACUAGCGCUGCUGGCCCCAGCCGUCCGAAGGUUCUCUGUCCCCGAGUCCGGCAUAUGAUGAUCGAAGGUCUCGCAGUGAUGGCCGUCGGUAACUGCGUCACAGUCCCAACUCGGACCCGAGAAUGUGGAUGGUCAAUCCAAACCAUUGGUUUUCUACAAACUAAUACGAAGGUCACGUUUCGCACUCAACUCGCUGGGAUGCUGGCACGUUUCUCCGCGCGGCAGAAGCAGAAGGCGGAACUAGCCCAGCAGUCGAUGAGGCCGAGUGGGAUUCGUGUGGUUCAGCCGAGUGCAAGGCAGACGCAGACUCUCCCACCGAUUCGAAAUAUGCUUCCGGAGGGCUUUCUUGACUCACUUCCACGCACCGCUCCGCCGCGUGUAGCCGUUCAACCACCCACUCCAGCCAGCAACACUGGUGGAACGCAGCAGGCGGAAACAUCCCAGGCUGCGCUACCCCUUGGCUCGACGGCUAAGCACAAUAUUCAUGACCCGGCAUCCAAGUCAAGAAGUAGCACAGCUCAGCGCCCGCGAGGAUGGCUUCAGUCGCUGCCUGAGCUACCACCACUCAUUCCUAAAGCGAUGAUACACUCGAUAGCCGAUAAGGAAACGCCAACGACCGGCGCAAAGAGAAGUGAUACACGAAAGCAGAAGAGCUCCUUGCAGAUACGGGCCAAAGUGAGUUCUUAG